AUGUGUGAUUUACUAUCACAACCAGCACCAUCAUCACAACAGAGAACAGGACAAAAAUUAUCUACACGACAAUUAAGUAAAGAUCAAAAUCAUUCAUCAAUCAUGGAUUCUACUAUUGGGAUUACUAAUAAUACUUCUAGUUCCACCUCAACGAAUGCUGCUACUGCCAUUGCUUCUGCUACUAGUAAUCCUGUGGAAGUAUCAAAUAUGUGUACAUCUGGAACAGUUUCAAAUCGUUCAAAUUCAUCCCUCGUGAAUAAUCGUUCAUUGAAGUUUAAACAGCAACAACAAAAGUCUGAAUUAAGCACACCAGUUGAUAAUCAUUUAUCCCUUUAUACCAAUGUUAAUACUGCUACAACCACUUCUGCUACUGGUACCAGUAGUAUAUGUUCAUUAGGAUCGCUAAAUGAGGAUUAUAUCAACAAACUUAGCUCUACUUCAAAAGAACAUAAUCAUAUUUCAUUCAAUGGUGAUAUUCAGCAAAAGUGUUCAUCGAAUGAAACAAUCCAUUCAUCGUUGAUUGAUAUGACUACUCAAUGUUCAACUGUUGAUCAAAAAGUUAAACAUGAUCAAUGUUCAAUGAAUCCAUUAAAAUCGCCGCAUUCACCUUCAUCACCCUCCCCCUCCUCUUCACCUUCUUCUUCUUCGUCAUCUAUACCAUCUCCUUCAAAUCAUAAUCAGUCGUCAAGAAAAGCUGACAACUCACAAUGGAACACUGAUGAUACCAAAAAUAUUCAUGAAACCAAAGAAGAAAACAUAACGAACUCUUGCAAUAUAAAGUCAUCAACAGAUAUGACAGAUGCUACAAGUUUAAUCGGUGGAAAUAUUUCAAUGAAUCCUAAAUCUCUUCAUCAUGAAUAUAAAUCAGUAAAAAGUUUAGAUAAUCCUAAUUUAUCAUCUCAUUGUUCAGAUAAUGAUUCUAAUCUUGAUGAAGAAGAUGUAGAGGAUGUUGAUGAUGAUGAGAUGAUGAUGAUGAUGAUACCUAUCUAA